CUUGCUCUCGCUACGGUCACUCCUUCCACAAACAAGCCGCCAUGGCUUCAGCAACAGCUUCAGAUCUCCAGAUUUCGUCACAGCCCCCGCCACAGAGCCUGAACACCUCAGCAAGCACACAAUUCCCCACAGUCAACAUUGGCACGCGCAAUUCCGCACUUGCUUUGGUGCAAGCCAACGCUGUCAAGCAGGCUUUGAAAGAUGCCAACCCAGACCGGACCUUUGAGAUCUGCCCUGUCAUGGUGCACGGUGACAGGGACAAGAUCACCCCCCUGCAGCAAUUGAGCCAGGGAGAGAAUGCAAAGAGCUUAUGGACGGGCGAGCUAGAGAGCAUGCUGGAGAAGUGUGACUUGGAUAUCAUUGUCCAUUGUCUGAAGGACAUGCCUACUCACCUCCCUGACAACCUCCUUCUCGGCGCCAUCCUCGAGCGUGAAGAUCCCAGCGACGCCCUCAUCAUCUCGCCUCGUCUACCCAAAGAAACGACGCUCGCCACACUGCCUCAAGGUGCCACCAUUGGUACGUCUUCUGUCCGCCGCGCCGCUCAGCUACGCAAGCUCUACCCGCAUCUGAAGUUCGCCGACCUACGAGGCAAUGUUGGAACCAGGUUAGGCAAGCUGGAUGCCGAGGACUCGCAAUACUCCGCUAUCAUCCUCGCAACAGCUGGAUUGAACAGGAUAGGGUUUGCAAACCGAAUCAGCCAGAAACUCACAAGCUCCACCGGCGGCAUGCUGCACGCUGUGGGGCAGGGAGCUCUGGGCAUUGAGAUCAGAAGAGACGACGAGGUUAUGCAGAGCAUGCUCAGCAAGAUCAGAUGCGAGCGCACAACGCGAGCCUGUGGCGCAGAGCGUGCGCUUCUGCGUACACUCGAGGGAGGCUGCAGUGUGCCGAUUGGUGUUGAGACAACAUGGCGUGGAGGUAAGGGCCUGGCGGUCGGCGCACAGCCAGCGAAGGACUACGACAAGCACGGUGCCGCUCUCGAGGUUUCAGAGCCGGAUCUCGAUGACCAGGAGCUGGUGCUCAAGACGCUGGUCGUCAGUGUGGAUGGAACUGAGUUCGUCGAGCACGAGGCAGUGCGGAAGGUCCGGUCUGCAGAGGAAGCCGAUGAUUUCGGCAAGGAGAUCGCAAAGGUGUUAAUCGAGAAGGGUGCAGGCAAGAUCCUGGAGCAGAUCAAAGUUGAGAAGCAGUGGGGAGCGAAGAAGCAAUUGGAAGCCAUGGGUGUCUUACCAGGCACAGCAUAGAUGGCCCAAGUACGGGGCCAUGAGCGCGCAAGCUUGUUUCCCGGCACAGCAUAGUAACUGAGCUGCCAUAGCGAAAAGCAGACAAUGCUAUAUGAGACAACUCACAAGCA